UAUUUUGAUUCGGAUCGGAAUGGAUCACUGCAAGAAAUGCAGCUAGGAUUUCACGGCAUAAGCUGUUCAUUUCUGCCUACGAUUUCGCUUGAUCCCACAAAUUUGCAGUUUACGAAAAAUGAUAUCAAUCCAGUGUUUGGAGAGGCCUGUUCUCAGUUGUUUAGCUCACACUUUAGUCCGCUCACAAUUUUUCCAAAAACUAUCUUUGGAAAGCAGCUGACCGGUCACGAUCUGGCUGAGCGAUUAAAGGUGUAUGAAGAAAUUUUUGGGAACACGCGUAUUCCCACGGUCCAGGAUGCCUUGGAGAAAGAGCUGGAAUUUAUCGGCCAGGAAUUCACAGCGACGUUAAUAAAUCAUUACAAGAAAGCAACUUUGCAGCGAUUACAUAAUCAUAAAAAUGUUCCGGAAGAAGAAAUUCGCGAAUUACAUUUCUCCCUACGGCAGCGUCUUGUUUCCGAUCUCCGUCAUCAUGAAGUGCUAAUCCGAAAGCCAAAACUUUUGAACGAAGCCACGAAGAUUUUGUACUAUGAAAGCAGUGAGUACCUAGAUCGCACCCUUCAGGCUCGCAGAUUUUACCAUGCUCUGGAACAAAUUAAAAACAACGAACAAAAAAUGCAGAGCUUGAUGGCUUCCCAGAUGAACAAAUAUGCUCAAAAAGGAAUAGUUGCGAUGGCCAAGGAUGAUUCAGGGUCAUUUCUCGACACUGUUUUGCAACCAAUUAUUCCCUUUAUUUCCCUGGGAGCAGCAUUUUUGCUGCUUUAUAUUCUCUACUGGAUCAUCUCCUGCUUGCAUAAAAUACGUUCCCGAAAACAGACUGCAGCGAGUCUUUGAUAACCGCUAUAACUGUCAAUUAACAUAUUAUUAAAUAAAACUUAGAAUUUUGUGAAACAUACGGAAAUAAAAUUUGUCAUUACGGAACACCGUUAACACAACUUGUCUAUACGUGUGAUUCACAACAUUUACGUGCUUUAUAUGUCGGAGGCCAAAAUACUGGAGGAAAGAAAUAAUUUAUAUGCAUAA